AAAUUUUAAGAGUAAAAAGUAAUAAAUAACGUUAAAAUAGGCAUAAACUUGUUAACAUUUUAUAAAAUGAUAAAAAUUCUUAUAAAACAAUUUAUUCUAGUAAAAGAGAGUAUUAUUCAGUAAAAUUUCAAAAAAAAAUUAAAACUAAAAAAAAAAAAGAGUUGGUAAACUUUCGCAUAGAUAUAGUAGCUUAACGCAAAAUAGAUAGUGAAGCCAAUGUUAAAAAGAAAAUAGAUAGUUAACUGGUAUAAUUAUGGUAAUUUACCAAUGAAAUAAAAGUUAAAACAAAUCCUAUGAAGAAAUGAGAGAUGUCGCAAAAAAAGACCCCGAGAACGAUGGUAAAUACAAGGUCAAAACCUUUUAAAACCCAUGGCCGUAAGAAACUCUCCAAGAAAGUCUCUGGCAUCAAUCUUCAAUUUAGGAAAAUAAUUAAACCCUAUUUUUGGUAAGAGCAAGUCUAAACUUUGCCAGCUAACUCCCUCAAGGACAAGGAAAAAUGUCUCCCUUUCUUUUUGAACCCUCAAAAAAAAUGACCAAAGUUUUGAACAAUAAACACAAUCCAAGCAAACAAAACAUUCAUAGACGAAGAGACAUCACCACACAUCAUAUUUGUGAUCAGAUUCUUCAUAAAGAACAAUUCAACAGCAGCUAUUUUUCUUUUCCUUAACCCAUGACUGCUGUUCAAUUUCUCUGCCUCCUCCUCUGUUUCUCCUUCACCCCUUCUCUGCAACACGUCAGCGAGUCUGAGCCGCUCAUGCGGUUCAAAAGCUCAGUGAAUAUAACCAAAGGGGACCUGAAUUCAUGGAGAACAGGAACCGAUCCUUGCAAUGGCAAAUGGUUUGGUAUCUACUGUCAAAAAGGUCAAACAGUCUCCGGUAUUCAUGUCACUAAGCUGGGUCUCUCUGGGAUCAUCCAUAUCGAGGAUCUAAAUGAUCUCCCAAACCUAAGAACAAUCAGGCUCGACAAUAACCUUCUUUCAGGCCCACUCCCUCCUUUCUUCAAGCUUCAUGGCCUGAGAUCCCUCUUGCUAUCAAACAACAGCUUCUCUGAAGAGAUUGCUGAUGAUUUCUUCAAGGAUAUGCAACAGCUCAAGCGGGUGUUUUUAGAUAACAACCGUUUUGCUGGGAAAAUUCCCGCGUCCGUGAUGCAACUCCCGGGCCUGGAGGAGCUUCACUUGCAAGGCAACCAGUUCUCUGGUGAGAUACCUUUGCUUACAGAUGGCAACAUGGUUUUGAAAUCUCUCGACCUCUCCAAUAAUAACCUGGAGGGAGAGAUCCCGAAGAGCAUUGCAGAAAGAAAGAAUCUACAGAUGAACUUCCAAGGGAACCAGAAGCUUUGUGGACAGCCGCUGAAUAUCAAAUGUGAUGAUAAACCAUCAUCACCAGGGAGAGACCCAAACGAGGUCACGGGGAAAGCCGUCUUUAUGGUCAUAUUUUUUCUUUUGAUAUUCUUGAUCUUGGUGGCAAUUAUAACAAGAUGGAAGAAGAAGAGGCAGUCCGAGUUCCGGAUGCUCGGCAAGGACCAUCUAAAUGACCGUGAAAGCGGGGAAGUCCGUUUGCCAGAGUCGGUAAAGAAGCCUGCUGAGUCAACCAAGAAGCGGAGUAACGCCGACGGUUCCUCUAAGAAAGGUUCAAAUCAUCAUGGGAAAGGUGGUCCUGGAGGAGGCGGCAUGGGAGACAUUAUAAUGGUGAACAGCGAGAAAGGCGCCUUUGGUUUACCUGAUCUCAUGAAGGCUGCAGCCGAAGUGCUGGGAAAUGGUAGUCUUGGAUCGGCUUAUAAGGCCGUAAUGGCUAACGGAUUAUCUGUGGUUGUUAAGAGGAUUAGGGAUAUGAACAAGCUCACACGUGACGCAUUUGAUGUCGAGCUACAACGGUUUGGGAAACUACGACAUCCUAACGUUCUUACCCCUUUAGCUUAUCACUAUCGUCGCGAAGAAAAGCUUGUCGUCUCCGAGUACAUGCCUAAAAGCAGUCUACUCUACGUUUUGCACGGAGAUCGAGGGAUUUAUCAUUCCGAGCUAACUUGGCCAACAAGGUUGAAGAUCAUACAAGGGGUCGCACGUGGGAUGCAGUUCCUGCACGAAGAGUUUGCGUCCUACGACCUUCCACAUGGAAAUCUUAAAUCCAGUAACGUUCUACUAAGUGAAACCUAUGAGCCAUUAAUCAGUGAUUACGCAUUCCUCCCGUUUCUUCAGCCUAACAACGCCUCACAGGCUUUAUUCGCUUUUAAAUCACCAGAGUUCGCUCAAAACCAGCAAGUUUCACCAAAAUCAGACGUCUAUUGCCUCGGAAUUAUCCUUCUUGAGGUCAUGACGGGGAAAUUUCCUUCGCAGUACCUAAACAAUGGUAAAGGCGGGACGGAUAUCGUUGAAUGGGUGCAAUCUUCAGUUGAGCAGCAUAAAGAAGAAGAACUUAUUGAUCCAGAGAUAGCAAGUAAUACUGAUUCGUUGCAACUAAUGGUGGAAUUGCUGCGGAUCGGGGCUGCUUGUAUUGCAAGUAAUCCAGAUGACAGAGAAACCAUGAAGGAAACUGUUACAAGGAUAGAAGGAAUAACGAUUUGACAAGGUUUUAAGAGGAAGCCUUCGGAAUCUGUAGAUAAACAAACAUAACAGGAAAUGAGUGUUACAUAAAUAGGAGUGAAGAUACUAACUGAUAACCGAUAAAAAUCAUAUUUCCGUGUUCAUUAGGAAGAGACGAAGAUAAAACCAUAUAUAUAUAUUUUUUUUUGUUUCAUAGAUUUUCGCUGUUUUUUUUGUUUUUUUUU